AUGGGUGUGUUGACAGUUCUGUUUGGCGGGAGGCGCAGGAUUGCAGGAAGCAAGCGAGCUGAUGGCGCGCGGGACUGGCGCUGGGCUGGCGUGCAGGGUGCCAGCGCCGCUCUGGUCCCUGAACUCCCGCCAGCCCCGCGUCCCCACACGCCCAAGCGCCCCCACGCGCCCGCCCCCUCCCGCGCUGGCCGCCCCGAGCGUCUGGACUCCACCCCUCCCCCUUCGGCCAAUAAGACGCGUCCAGGCAGCGCGCGGCCCCCAGAGCAGCGCCGCGCGCCGUGGUCCCGGCCGAGGCUGUGCCAGUGCGCCCGCCCCAGGCUCCCGGGAGGGAUGGAGCCCGAGCCGCGGCGGCGGCGGCGGCGCAGUUGCCGCCCGCUGGUCUCCGUCUUCCUGCGCGACCCGAGCUCGGGGCGCGUGUACAGGCGCGGGAAGCUGAUCGGCAAGGGCGCCUUCAGCCGCUGCUACAAGCUGACCGACAUGUCCACCAGCUCCGUGUUUGCGCUCAAAGUGGUGCCUCAUGGUGGUGGCGGGGCUGGACGGCUGUGCCCCGGAGACAAGGUGGAGCGCGAGAUCGCCCUGCACAGCUGCCUGCGACAUCGCAACAUCGUGGCCUUCCACGGACACUUUGCUGACCGUGACCACGUGUACAUGGUGUUGGAAUACUGCAGCCGCCAGUCACUGGCCCACGUGCUGGAGGCGCGGCAGACGCUGACAGAGCCUGAGGUGCGUUACUACCUGCGGGGCCUAGUCAGCGGCCUGCGCUACCUGCACCAGAGGCGCAUCGUCCACCGGGACCUGAAGCUCAGUAACUUCUUCCUGAACAAGAACAUGGAGGUGAAGAUCGGAGACCUGGGGCUGGCCACCAGGGUGGGUCCUGGAGGCCGCUGCCACAGAGUGCUCUGUGGGACCCCAAACUUCCUGGCCCCGGAGGUCGUGUCCAGAAACGGGCACUCCUGCCAGUCGGACAUCUGGGCUCUGGGCUGCGUCAUGUACACGGUGCUGACUGGCGCCCCUCCCUUCGUGGCGGCACCCUUGUCGGAGAUGUACCAGAACAUCCGAGACGGCCGCUACCCCGAGCCUGCACAUCUGUCCCCCAAUGCACGCCGCCUCAUCGCCCGCCUGCUGGCACCCAACCCGGCCGAGCGACCCAGCCUGGACCACCUGCUGCAGGAUGACUUUUUCACGCAGGGCUUCACCCCGGACCGGCUGCCGCCCCACUCCUGCCACAGCCUGCCCAUCUUCUCCAUUCCCCAGCCUCUGGGCAGGCUCUUCCGGAAGGUGGGCCGGCUGCUGCUGCCCCAGUGCCGGAGGCCUCGCCCCUUCACUCCUAAGAAGGAGGCGUCAGGUCCAGGAGAAGCCGGCCCUGACCCCGACUCCACGGAGUGCGGUAGUGAGGCCUCCCUGUCAGAGGGAGGGGCUCCGUGCCCCGGGCGCCCUGUCCACCUGCUCAGCCACGGGACCCUCGGCAGCGACCCAGCAGGGCCCCAGGGGAGCCCGAGGCAGGAGGUAGAGGCAGCCAUCAGGAACCUGCAGCUUUGCCUGGACUCUGGCGCCCCAGCCAUGCAGGACCCCCCAGGAGAGCAGCGGCCCAUCCUCUGGGCCCCCAAGUGGGUGGAUUAUUCCAGCAAGUACGGCUUCGGCUACCAAUUGUCAGACGGAGGCAGUGGUGUCCUGCUUCGGGAUGGCACCCACAUGGCCCUGCACCCCACAGGGGGCCAAGUCAUCUACAUGCCCGACCGGGGAAAGCUGGAAACGUUCGCCCUGAGGGAUGUGCCCAGCCUGCUGGGCGCCAAGCUGGCCGUCCUUCGGCUCUUUGCCCGAUACAUGCAGCGGCGGCUGCGAGAGGAGGGGGGCCUGUCCACAGCCACCUGGCCGGCAGCCCCAAGCCUCUGCCUGCUGCGCUUCCUGGUGUCUGAGCGGGCCGCGCUCCUGCUCUUCAGUGAUGGGACGGUGCAGGUCAGCUGCAGCGGAGACCAGGCUCAACUCGUGCUGAGUGGCGGGUGUGAGGAGCUGAGGCUCACGGUCUGGGAACAGGGCCAGCCUGGCACCUCCUACCCGCUGGGCGUCCUGCGGAGCCCCGGCUCUGCUGCCCACCAGCAUCUUCAGCACGCGAUCCGCAUGCUUCAGAGCAUCUAG